AUGACUUUGUUUUGGCAGCUGCCCCAAAACACGAAGCUCAAAUUCGAGGGCGACAAGAAAACGAUCCAACCCCCGACCACCUCGCAAGCCUGCAUCAAGGUGGGCGCUGCCCUUCUCCGAGCCGAAAAGGAGAAGCGCGUUUACUACACCGGUUUCAACCAUGGAAAAACUCUGAUCGUCCCUGCGGCGAUGACGACAACCGGUGGGUUCGCCUCCUCCUUUGUGGAUCUGCUUGGUCAGCUCGCCCGCUGCGCCGAGGCCCGUGGUGUGUACCAGCCGGGGCUGGAUGAGGCCUUUGUUCCUCAGUGGAAAGGUCGCUUUGCGGCGCUGGUCCAUCAGAUGAACGCUGACCACAUCCAGCGCCACUUUGGCGGUGCCUGCCUGCGCUCGUCGUAG